AUGGGCCUCGGUAAGACUGUUCAAGCACUGGCCUUGAUUCUAGCACACCCUUCAAAAGACCGCGCUCAGAAAACAACACUGAUUAUCGCUCCGCUCUCUCUUCUCAAACAAUGGGAGAGGGAAAUUCAGACCAAGGUCAAACCAGCCCAUAAGCUGAAAACAGUCAUAUUGCAUGGCCAAGCGAAGAGCGGAAUGACUGUUCCUAGACUUCUCACCUACGACGUCGUCCUAACCACCUAUGGAACCAUCAUUUCCGAGUAUAAGAACCUGCCAAGUAUGAAGAAGAAACCGCUAAUCCUAGCCAAUAAUACCAUCUUUUAUCGAGUCAUUCUCGAUGAAGCCCACUCCAUUAAAAACAGAAAGGCUAAAGCUUCAGUAGCUGUGUCUAGGAUUAAGUCAACUUACAGGCUUUGUAUGACGGGGACACCAUUCAUGAACAAGGCUGAGGAAAUAUUUCCACUCAUCCGUUUUCUUCGUAUUAAGCCCUAUUGUGAUUGGGAUGCAUUCAACUGGGAGAUCAAUAAGCCGCUGAAGAGUUGGAAUGAUAACUUCCACGAUAGUGCCUUAAGGAAACUACAGGCUCUAUUCAGGAGUAUAACCCUGCGGCGGACUAAGACGAGCAUGCUUGACGGCAAACCCAUCCUCCAGCUACCGGCACUCGUGAAUGCAGAGGCCACAACUAAGUUUAGCAAGGACCAGCAAGACUUUUACGACGCUCUCGAACAUAAACAGCAACUCAAAGUGAACGAGUUCAUCAGGGCUGGAACAACAAUGAAGCAGUAUAGUUACAUUCUCGUAUUACUGCUGCGACUACGUCAAGCUUGCUGUCACCCACAUUUGAUCAAAGAUUUCGGUAUUCCGGAAGGCAUACAACUUUCAUCAGAGGAGAUGCGCCGACUCGCUCAGAGGCUCAAACCCAACGUCGUGAGGAGGCUCAAAGCACAGACUGAAUUUGAGUGCCCACUCUGCGACGAAGCGACUGAGAGCCCCCUCAUAAUAUACUCUUGUGGUCAUUUGAUCUGCACUACUUGCUUCUCUGCCAUGAUGGAGAUCCGAGAUCCGAAUUCCGAACAACAGAAUGUUUGCCCGCAUGAAGAUUGCGACUCGGAAAUUAACCCCGAGCGAAUUAUCUGCCACUUUUCUUUCGUAGAAGCACAUAUGCCCGAGAAGCUCGGAUUGGAUGACGAUGACGACUCGGAUAAUGACUCGGAUGGGUUCGAAAGUUUAGAGGACUCAGAUGAUGACGUAGAUGCACGUGGAAACUUAAAGGGCUUCAUCGUGUCGGGAGACGAAGACGAUGAAGACGAUGAAGACGACGAAGAUGACGAAGAGGAAGAGAAAGAGAAAGAGAAAGAAGAUGGUUCGGAUGUGGGAAGUGAUUCUAUUUCUGAAAAGGGAAAGCCUAUGCAACCCGAGGUCUCUACUGACGCGAUAUGGAAGGACGUUUCUGCCAACAAGGAGUCCUUAGAGGAGGACCCCGCAGACGACUCUGAUGAUUCUCUAAUGUCACUGGAGAAAAUCUGGAAACAAGUUGAAGCAAUGAAGCAUAUUAAUAAGGAUAAAUCUGAACAGUCUAAGAAGCGCAAAGCCCGGUCCGACUCGGCAUCAGACGACGAUGUGGAUAUAAAGAAAGCAUCUCAGACUGGGGGUAAGCGAAAACGUUCUAGUCACGAGAAUGUUACCAGGUCAAAGAAGAGGAAGACGAACACGAACAAGGCGGCCAGCAAGAAGCGGCGUCGAAAUGGGAAGAAUAAGUUCACCUCCAUGGCAGCUCUGAAGAAAGCCAGCUCAAGCAAUGCCGCCGCAAAGGCGAAAUAUCUAAAACGUCUCAGGAAGGAUUGGGUCCCAAGUGCCAAAAUUGUCAAAACGAUGGAGAUAUUGUCCGCGAUUAGAGAGAAAAAUCCCAAGGAGAAAACGCUCAUCUUUAGUUUGUGGACAUCUUUCCUCGACUUGCUUGAGAUUCCUAUACAUGACCAAGGCUUCAAUUAUACGCGCUACGAUGGAACAAUGCAUCAUAACGACCGAGAUGCCGCCGCGAAGAAGUUUAUGAAUAGCCCCGAGGUGCAGAUCAUGCUGGUCAGCUUGUCUGCUGGCAAUGCAGGGCUGAAUCUCACGUCAGCAACCCAGGUCAUUAUACUCGAACCCUUCUGGAAUCCAUUUGUUGAGGAGCAGGCCAUUGACCGUGCCCAUCGUAUCGGUCAAAAGAAGGAGGUUACUGUUCACCGUGUCUUGAUCGAUGGAACAGUCGAAGAUCGCAUCCGCGCGUUGCAGGACAAGAAACGCAAGCUAGUCAAUGCAGCCCUCAGCGAGGAGGGCGCCCGAGGCGUUGGCCGGUUGAGCCUUACGGAAUUGAGGGGCCUAUUUGGUUUCCGCUAA